AACAACGACAAUACUGUAUUGUUUUGCUACUGAAUGUUAAAUUUACUAAUUAUAAAUCUAGUUUAUCGACUUAGUUGUAAAUUUGCACAAUUUAGAUGAUGUUUAGCUUGCCACCAUAAAUACUAUUGGUUGUAUGGAAGAUUUUUUAGGUUAUGGUAGAUUGUCCUGGGAUAAACAGCAGCAACAGCUGGGGUCCACGACAGCAGCUGAGCCUCUCCACAAGUGUCAACCUCUCGAGCUGGUGAGCCCUUCCUAGCUACGUUUAUUACUCCCGUGAAGUGAUGAUCACAGUGCCAGCUUUUACAGGUGACACUGUAGUCUACCCUCAUACACAUUACAAGAUGAACCUGGGAGCCACAAUAAAAGUUAAUAAGUUUGGUGUUGGCAUCAUAUUCACGGCGGUGGUGAUGGUGGCCGUGAUAUACAGAUACGGAAGUUCAACCAAUCUGGAAAGAAGUGCGUCGUCUAUGGUGAGCUUAAGGGACCUGUUAUCGGCUGCCAUAGAUUCAGCUCAGCGAGGUGGAAAAAUAGUAUAUGCUAUCCGUGAGGCUGUAAGCUUACAUGAGAAGAGCAAAGGCAAGACUAAAGAAGGUGCUAAUGAUCCAGUUACAGAUGGUGACAUACAGUCUCACUUGACUAUGUAUUACUCCCUCAAGAAAGCUUUUCCUUCGCUGGAGAUAAUAUCCGAGGAGCAUUCUGUGAGUGUGGAUACAUCAAAAAUUCCACCGGCCUCGACUCAUAACUUGGAAGUGAUAAGUGUUAUUACUGAUGACAUUGUUGUCCCAGCCCAAGAUAUACAAGUUUGGAUUGAUCCUCUAGAUGCCACUCAAGAAUAUACAGAAAACUUGAGAGAAUAUGUGACAACGAUGGUAUGUGUGGCAGUGAAAGGCCAUGCAACAAUUGGAGUUAUUCACAAACCAUUUAGCAAGUUCACAGCUUGGGGCUGGGCUGGGAAAGGUGUAUCCCCACAGCUUCAAGCAUCUGUAUCCCAAGGUGGACCAAAAGAUGAAAUUGCACACAUCAUUGUCUCUCGCUCACAUGCUGGGGAAGUAGAAAGUGUGGCCAAGGCUGCAUUUGGAGACAAAACUCAAGUGAUUCAUGCCGGUGGAGCAGGCUACAAGACUUUGGCAGUCAUUCAGGGAGAUGCAGAUGCUUAUGUCCAUGUAACUUUGAUCAAGAAAUGGGAUCUCUGUGCUGGAAAUGCUGUUCUCAAUGCUCUCCAUGGUAACAUGACAACAUUAAGUGGGCAAUCAAUAGACUACAGCUCGAAUGAGAGAAAAAAGAUAGAGGGGCGUGUUGGCCACGCUGCAUGGCCACAAAUACUAUUUACCAAAACUACAAGGCCUCAAAAAGAAUAUCUCUAAUUAAAAUACCUAUAAAUAUGCAAUACUUUUAAUACUUUAUUUAUUAAAAUCUAAGAAAUUUAUUUUGGUAAACUAUUUCUGUUUGUUUUUAAUUAAUGUUAUUUAUUUCUAUGAGUAACUUUACAUGUAUGACUUUUCUUCUGGGUCUGAGCAAUUGAAAUGUACUUGUACUUAUGAAGGUUCCCAUUUAGUAGUCUUGACUCAAGAAAUUUAUACUUUACAUUGACACACUGUACGUGUGGUCUAACAUGGAAUUGUAAAAAUAAUAAUGUAAUGGAUCUAUUGAAUUGGAAGCCCAUCAGAGUACUGAAGUGUAUUGAACAGUAAUAAGUGUUAGCUAAGCACAAGUGUGCCUUACUCAAGUAAUUAUCCUUGGUACUUGACAUUUAGACCAACAUUUGGACGUCUUCAGCUAGUGUUGCUUGCAUUGCUUCCUUUGUUAGCUACUGAAGGUGUGAAGAUUCUAUUUGGUGGGAAAAAAGGUAUCAACGAUAAUACUGGACAGUACAGUCUGAAGAGCUCAGACUGGUAAGGCUUGAGAGACUACAAGGUUAUCUGUAUGUUAUGAAUAUACAUUACAUUUAAGAGCUCAAGUAUAGUAUGUAACUGAAAUUAACUCUUCCUCCAGGUUCAUUUAGUAUGUACCAAUAAGCUAAAUAUAUGAGAUAUUUUUCGUGAGUCAGAAUUUAAAAAAAUGGUGAACAUGAGAGUGCCAGCAUCCAUUAAGUUACUUGUCAGGUUGUAAUUAUAGUGAAAAUUGUGCAUAUGGCCUGAACUGCCAAAAAGACUACAUUCAGCUCUUCACCAUGGUAGAUGAAUAAUAUGUUUUGUACUUUUCCUUUGUACAGCCAAAGGGUUACAAAGAGAUCUCUGGUUUGUAAACAAUAAUCAUAUCAACAGUUGUUUUACAAGAAGGAACAAGACACAGUGUUUUACCAACAUAUACAAAAGCUUCAACUGAUGGAAUGGUUCAUUAUGGUUUUGGUCAUCUCUCUCUCAGUUACCCAGUCAUAGACCAGUUAACAGUAUCUUGAUUUGCCUCACAAAUCAUAGCUCCUGGAGUUAAUAAUGUACACCCAUAUUUAUGUGACAUUUUGUAUUCUUAUUUCCAAUUGUUCCUCUAUUCUUGUUAUGAUGUUCCAAUCAAGAAUGAAGAAAUCUUUAUUAGUUUCUUGAGCAGCUCCUAAGGGAAAAGACAUGAACAUGUAUUCAGUACUGUACUAUACCACAGUGGAUGUGAAGGUGGUUCUGCCAGACCAUGUGGUAAGUGGUAAUUUAAUGUUUUAUUCAGUUGUUAAUGUUUUUUCAUCAUUUUUUUUUUCAAAAUGCUAUUAUUGUAUGGUGUGUGUGUGUGCGCAUGUGUGUGCAUGCGUGCGUGUGUGCAUGCGUGCGUGCUCGUUUGUUCGUUCGAAAAAGUAGGACAGUUAUUGAAGGAAAAAAUUCCCAUAAAAUUAAUGGAAUAAGCAGGGAGUGCCUAGUAAUGUAAUCUUUUCACACAUGAUAUUUUACAACAGUAUUACGAUGUGCAUAUCCUCGGUAAGCUUGAUGCAACUGUACACUUAUUAUUAAGUGUGACUAAAACAAACAAAUAAGCAAGAUGCUCCAUUACCAGUAUGUAGUUGCAGAUUUACAGUUACACAUCUUAAUACAUUUGGUGGGUUUUAAUUAAAUAUAGUAGUUUAUGAAAUAUAUUAAUAAUUUUUGAUAAAAAUGUGCUUGCACAGAAAUAUUAGUGUAUGUGCGUGUGUGUAUCUUAUGCAUGGGUGUAGGUGUAUGCUACUAUGUUUAAAAUGAAUGAAAGUGUGUUGUCUGUGUGUUGAGGAGAAAGGAAGUGUAUGAGUGGUGGUGUUCUUGGGGGUCCUGACCUGACACACUGCUGGUGGAAUGUAUUGUGGUGUUUGGGUGGGUGUUGGAUUGUGUAUGGUGUUGUGUAUGGUGUGCAUCCUUCUCUACCCUGUUCAACAUUUACUCACUGUCUGCUGUCAAGUCCACUUUCACCUUUUGCUCACUCAUCAUUCAAGUUUGAGAAGGAAAUGUUGCAGAGUAAAUUUUAAUAAAUUUUAUUGUGAUA